AUGAGGACCAAACAGAGGCGACAAGUGUGCAUCCUUCUACCCAACAAGCAGCACCUGGACUGUACUGUCAGGGUAAAAGCCAGAAGCCGUGAGGUGUUGACCAGUGUGUUGAGGCAGCUUGGCGUCAGUGAUCUCCAGGUCUUCAGCCUGGCUGUUCUCAGAGAUAAUGAAUAUCUCUUUCUGGAUUUGGACCAAAAGCUGAGCAAGUAUUUUGGCAAAAGAUGGAGCAGAGGCUCCAGAACAGUCCCAUUCAUCGUAUUCCUGAGGGUGCAGUAUUAUGUGGAGAAUGGGCUGCUAAUAUUGAGCAGCAAAGUACAGCAGCUCUACUACACUGAGCUGAGGCAGAAGGCGCUGCGCUCACAGAGCCGCCAUCAGGAAGCUUUGUUUUUCCAGCUGGCAGCGUCUGCGCUUCAGGCUGAAGUCGGAGAUCUGCAGAGAGAGGAGGAGAAAAGACAGGAGAGAAAACACAGAUGUUACUUUCUUCCUGAAGAUUACUUCCCCUCCUGGCUGAUAAAGCGUCGUGGACGAGACUACCUGCUCCAGCACUGCCCUGUGUUGCACGGUGAGCUGAGAGGCGUGUCACGUAGCCAAGCUAUCCUGCAGUUUAUAAAAGAGGCCAGCAGCCUGCAGGAUGGACUGGUCACCUUCUACAGGAUGAGACAGGAGAAAAAGGAGCUGAGAAGUUCAAUCCUUCUUGGUGUGGCAGUGAAAGGAGUCCGUAUUUAUCAGGGGGUGGAGGGGAAACUGUGUCUGUUGUAUGAUUUUUCCUGGACCAAUAUUGACCGCUUCACUUUCCAGGGCAGCAGGUUUGAAAUCGCUGCAGUCGGCUCUCUGUGCCUCCCGAAGCUGGUGUAUUACACUCACUCAGCCUUCCACUCCAAACACGUCCUGAAGCACCUCAGUGAUAGUCACGGGCUCUGCGUCACCACCAGAGAUGCAGUCAACUACAUCCAACAGCUGGAAGACAUGCAGGCCAGUCAGUUCUACAAAGAGGCGUACAUCUGUGACAUGGCACGCUUAAGACAGACACUUCAAAGCGGCAGCCUCACAUCCUCAAUGUCUGACUGCAGCGUUGCAGUGAUAACAAGCACAGCCUGGUCCAAAGAGGAGGAGGAGGAGGAGGAGGAGGAAGAUGAAGGCUCUGUCACAGAGUUUGAGUGGUGCAUCGAUGAACCAGAGGAGGUUUUUGUUGACAACCCAGCUGAAGUGUCCUGGCUAGCUGAGCUGGUCCAUGGUUCUGAGGAGGAGAGCUGA